AUGAAAUUUGCCGAACAUUUAUCAGCACAUGUAACACCAGAAUGGAAUUCUCAAUAUAUCCGAUAUGAUGAUAUGAAAGAAUUACUUGCACAAUCAGUAGCUAAGGCACAACCAUAUGCUGAUGAAAGUGAUAAUAUUUUACGUGAACAAUUUUUUUUACGUGUUGAUGAACAUUUCUUUCAAUAUUGUGAAAAAGAAUCAACUAAAAUUAAUACUUUCUUCGCAGAAAAACUUGCUGAGGCUCUGAGACGAUGGGAAACAUUAAAACACGAAGCUGUUCAUGUUGAACAAGCUCGCCGACAUGGAUCACAUCGAACAAAUGCAACAUCUUCUACUACACAUCCUACUAAUGAUCAAAAUACUGGUGCAACGACGACAGAUGGUAAUAAAUCAACAACAGUAAAACGUCGUUCGAUUCAUGUCGAAGAACAUGAUAUAAUGGCACCUUUAACACGUGUUUUACCUGAACGUUUAAUUGAACGAACUCGUGAAAAACAAACACAACGUUUACAAUAUCGAAAACGAAUUGAUUUAAAAUUAGCUUUUAGUGAAUUUUAUUUAAUGCUUGUUUUAUUACAAAAUUAUCAAACACUUAAUUUUACAGGUUUUCGUAAAAUAUUAAAAAAACAUGAUAAAUUAUUUCAAACAACACGUGGUGAAGAAUGGCGAAAAUUACAUGUUGAUUCAGCACCAUUUCAUACAUCAAAACGUGUUGAUCAAUUAAUUAAUGAUGUCGAAACAUUGUACACGGAUACAUUAGAAUCUGGCAAUAGAGCUCGUGCAAUGAAACGUUUACGUGUACCACCACUUGAAGAAAAACAAUCGCCUGCAGUUACAUUUCGUGUUGGACUUUUUGUUGGAAUGCUUUGUUUAUUACUUCCAACUGUUAUUGCACUUGGUGCAAAUCUUCAUGAUAGUCAAUCAACAAAACCAUUAGCUUGGCGACAAGCAUUAUUUUUAUAUCGUUCUACAUUUCUUAUUGUUCUUCAUAUUGUUUUAAUUGGUAUAAAUGUUUAUGGUUGGUCAACAUCAGGUGUAAAUCAUGUACUUAUAUUUGAAAUUGAUCCAAGAAAUCAUUUAACAUAUCAACAAUUUCUUGAAAUCGGUACUUUUUUAUUUGUUCUAUGGUUUUUAAGUUUUACGGGAUUUAUUCUUUCAUCUUAUUAUGAUUUUCAUCCAUUUAUACAACCACUUAGUUUUGUUACAUUAAUUCUUCUUUUUCUAUUCAAUCCAACACCAACACUUUAUCAUCAAGCACGUUUUUGGUUUCUAAGAACAUUAGGUCGUGUUAUAUGUGCACCAUUUUAUCGUGUUGGUUUUGCUGAUUUUUGGUUAGGUGAUCAAUUAACAUCAUUAGAAUUAAUAUUUUUCGAUAUUGAAUAUUUUAUUUGCUUUUAUAUUUAUGAUGUUGGAUGGUGGCCAGUUUAUUCCGAAUCCCCAAAUCGUGGUUUACUUUGUGAUGGUUGGCCAAAAAUAGUUUUACAAACAGUUCUAAUGAUUUUACCAUCCUGGUUUCGGUUUGCUCAAUGUUUAAGACGAUAUCAUGAUACAAAACAAAAAUUUCCUCAUUUAGUUAAUGCCGGAAAAUAUGCAAGUGGAUUUCUUGUUAUCGGAACAAAUUCAUUACGUCGUGCAACUGCGAUAAAUUUUCUUGAUGAACCAACAUUGAAUCCAUUUUUAUAUGUAUGGAUGGGUGCAUCAUUUAUUGGUGCGACAUAUAAAUUAGUAUGGGAUUUAAAAAUGGAUUGGGGAUUUUUUGAUAAAAAUGAUAAUGAAAAUAAAUUUCUUCGUGAUCAAAUUGUUUAUCCAUCGAAAUUUUAUUAUUAUGCAGCUAUUUUAGGAGAUAUCAUUUUUCGUUAUAUAUGGAUUAUAAAUGUUUUUAUGCAUUUUCGUACACAUUCAGCUGAAUAUGCUGAUGUUAUUGGAUUUAUAUUUGGUUUAAUUGAAAUAUUUCGUCGUUUUAUAUGGAAUUAUUUUCGUUUAGAAAAUGAACAUUUAAAUAAUUGUGGAGAAUUUCGUGCUGUACGUGAUAUAUCUAUAGCACCAUUAUCAAUUGUAUUUGAUCAUACAACAUUAGAAGAUAUGAUGGAUAAAGAGAAUGGAAUUCGUAAUCGACGUAAUGGUAAACGACAUAAUUUAAUAAAUGAAGAAAUUAAAAAAGGAAAAAUACUUGUGACAAAUGAAGGAAGUGAUAAUGAAACUGUUAUUGUUAAUACACCAUUUCCACCCAUGGCACAUUCAACUCAAAUAGUUGAUGAAUUAAAUACAACAUUAACGAUUGUUUCAUCAUUAUCAUCGGAUGAUCCAUCUCCAGAUCCUGUUCUUAUACAAUAA